AAUGUCACUCUCGCUUUUUCUUCUCGCCACUCAACUUGCGUCCACCGUGGAGAAAAUGGCGUCGCUGCAUAUGCGAUAUGCAUUCGUCGAUACCUGACUUUUUCUUGGAUUACGACAAUCGAGUAGACACAUUGCUUUUCUCUCUUUGCAUGGGUUUUAUGCGCAUUGCGGCAAAACGAAGGGCUACGUCAGCGAGUGCAUUGUGGGAUAGGAUUGCAGUGAAGUAAUGUCGCAUUGCAGUUGAUCUAUGGACCAAUCAGAGAUGCAUAUCUGUUGCCUUUCCCGCCUCAAAUGCCGCCAGCAAAGAUUCAUCUUUUGCUAACUAAAAUGGAAAAUUGUAUUUGAUCUUUAACAGUAGGAAAUAUAUUCUCAACCCGGUAAAUCGACGAGCAAUAAUGACGAAUGCAACGACGAUAAAUUUAGUAGGUACGAAAACAAUAACCGAUUCGUUCAUAAACACUAAUGGACAUAUUGACAGCAUCCCGUAAUAUCGAAUGCUUUAUUUGAAAUAAAGCAGUACACCCUGAUGUAACCCUAAACGGGUGUGCUCUGUAUUAAUAAUGUCUCAAGAAAUUUGAUUUUCCAUUUUCCAUUUUUCUUUCGUUUCUUUUAACAAGUUAGGCUGAACAGUUAACUUUGUUGUAUCGGGUAAAGUAACUAUAGAUCUCCCAUGAGUUAACUUAAAAAAAAAAAAAAAAAAUCUGUUCCUCAGCUCAUUAGAUAUUUUAUAGAUAUCAAUGCCUCAAAGAGUGAGAAGUUUCACUGAAACUUCUCACUCUUUGAGUGCAUUUGCAGGAAGCUUAUUGAUUUUUCAGAAUCAAACUUCACCAUAAAGAAUGCUAAAUGCUCCAAAUAUUUCUGCACGACCCAAUAAUUUUCACACGAGGAGAGUUCAUGAAUUGAUUUUUGUAAUAUCUUCAUGGUAUGCAUGUUAUGAACAUUCAUUAUAUCGAACAAAAUUUUUUAAACUCAAUUGAUACUUUCCAUGAUGACUCUUCUGGAAAAUGACUCUUCACUUCCAAAAGGUUACUCCUAGAUGAAUAAAUCUACGUCAAAGGAAGGAAAUACAUAAAUUCUAGAGGCAUGUUCCUUCUCACAUAAAGUUUAAUGCAUUUCAAGCAAACGCUUUGUUUUUCGUUGGUUUUUAUUUUCAUUAACUUCGUUUAACUCCACGCAGACCUUUUUUUUCUGAAGCAUAUUUGUCGAUGAUUUGAUUUUGCCUAUAAAAUCUGUUAACAACACGGCUACAUUCUUCUCUCUCGGAGAGCUCACACUUGCCCGCUUCCAGCCUUGCCUGAUAAAACUCCAUGAUCACGGCGAGAGAUUAGAUUGUGAAUUAUUUAUGAGUCUCAUUUGCAUAGGAUAACUGAAUAUAUAAGAAGGCAAGCGCUGCUUAUGGGUAUCUUCCGAGUAUCUUUCGCCGCGUGCGCUAUAUUGGACAUACAACGGGUGUUGCUCACUUACGUGGAACCAUUACGACUAGGUUAUUCUUCCUCUUUUCAUCUCCUCUCAACAUCCUCGCUUGCAGCUGUUAGCAGCAACACAUCACUCCUUAUAGUAAUCAACCAUCUACAACAAUUGACAAAAUGGCAGAUCAACUCACAGAAGAACAGAUUGCUGAGUUCAAGGAGGCCUUCUCCUUGUUUGACAAGGAUGGUGAUGGUACGAUCACGACCAAGGAGUUGGGUACCGUCAUGAGAUCACUUGGUCAGAACCCUACAGAGGCUGAACUACAGGACAUGAUCAACGAGGUCGAUGCUGAUGGUAACGGAACGAUCGACUUCCCAGAAUUCCUUACGAUGAUGGCGAGGAAGAUGAAGGAGACUGAUAGUGAGGAGGAGAUCAGAGAAGCAUUCAGGGUCUUCGACAAGGAUGGCAACGGUUAUAUCAGUGCUGCAGAAUUACGUCAUGUGAUGACGAAUCUUGGUGAGAAGUUAACAGACGAAGAGGUCGAUGAGAUGAUCAGGGAAGCCGACAUCGACGGUGACGGACAAGUUAAUUAUGAAGAAUUCGUCACCAUGAUGACUUCAAAGUGAGGUUGGUCAGAUACGACGUCACUUCCGGCCGUUUGUCAACCAGCACCAGCCGUGACAUCGGUGUUGCCAUUUUGCGGAGGGCUUUCAUAUUUGACGGACAAACAAUUCCCGAAUUCUAUUGCACUUUUAAUGUCAGAAGAAACCACAAAUUACCAAGAAAACUAUCGCAAAACCUCCAUGGUUUUUCGCGCUGUAUUUUCGUGAGAUUUCAUCUAUCAAAGUCACGGAGCUGGAUCUUGAGUGUGAGCAGCGCCGAGUGCACACACGUUGGCCCGAAGCAGAAUCUGUAUAUAGACGAUCGACCGCGUUCACAUCCUCGUGAUUAUAUAAAGUGGCAGAGAUGUAUUAUACAAUGAGGACUUAUGUACAUUACAGUAUCACAUCGUGCGUUCCAGUUGUUGUUGUUGUUUUUUUCAAAGGAAUUUAAUUAUGUUGAUGAUAUCCACCAAAAUAAAAGACUUUAUUGAUUCGAUGAAAUUGAAAUACAAAGACAAACGACUACGUCCCAGAAUUGAUUAUUGAUCAAAUUUUUACUGAUUUUCACAUAAUAUUAUAUUUGUAACCCUAUGUAGCAAACAGUUAUUUUACGAGCAAGUGAACAAUGGUGUAUAUCCCAGUCAUUUGGAAACAGACUAGGCCUUACUACAAAUGCUGACAGUAAACCAGGGUGCAAAUUCUUCAGCUGAACCGAUUCAUUGCAAAAGUUACGGAGGGAAAUCAUGUCAUUUAGACUAUAAUGUGCACCUCACAAUUAUACUCAUGACUAUUUACUCAUUCCAUGUGUUUAGCGAGAAAAAAAGUCAUCAGUUUUGGAAUAAAAAAAGGAAUGUUUGAAAA